AGUACAAGUAGCCAAGUACUCCCAAUAGCAGCCGCUCUAUCUCUCCCCAACUACUCCCACAUACGCUUCUCUUCAAGAAACGUACUAGCAAACCCAGCACGACACCGCUCCGGCCAAGAUCGCCGGGGCUCCGAUCAAGAUCAGACCCACUCGAUCCGAUGGAUUCGCCUCACCACAAGGCGAUCGGAGUCGCUGCGGCGGCGGCGGCGGAGGGCGGCAGGAUGUGCUGCGUCGAAUGCCGGACCACCACCACUCCCAUGUGGCGCAGCGGGCCGACUGGGCCGAGGUCGCUUUGCAACGCGUGCGGGAUCCGGUAUAGGAAGAAGAGGAGGCAAGAGCUAGGUCUCGACAACAAGCAGCUUCAGAGCCAACCACAGCAGCAGCAGGAACAACAGCAACAUCAACAACAAGAACAACAGCAGCAACAACAGGAACAACAGCAACAUCAACAACAGGAAGAUCACAGUGAGCCAACAAGUGCAGUUAAAGACAGCAGCAGCAGUCCCAGCAAAACUAGCAAGCUACAGGUGGUGAAGAAGAGGAGGGUCUCAAUGGGUGUGGAGGAGGCUGCAUCCUUGCUCAUGGCCUUGUCCUCCUCAUCAACACCCACACUACAUGGCUAACAACGGGUCCCUCGCCAACAGGCGCGCUGCGUGGUGUACAUACAUGAUAUGCAGGACAGCACAAAAACAGACUACCCAAUGAUUCCAAACCAGCCAAACACCUUUCUUGGAUGAUGGAUUAUGAGGAUGAGGUAGCAGGAGGGGGGAAGGAGGCCUCCUGAAAGGAUGAUGAUGUUGAUGUGAGGCAGGCUGGAUUUGGUGUUUUUGGAUCCAUCAGUGCCGUAGAUCUUCAACCAUGUGGUGGUCAAUCCGAAAGCCAAGGUGCUCUGGAAGGAAUGUUUGCUCCAGAGGAGAAGAAAGCUGGUCCUUGGUUGUCUGUCUCUGUUGUUGACCAUGGCGGUCUCAUGUUAUGAUUAGUUAGAAUUCAUCUUAAUUCUAAACCAUUUAUGUCUCCCCAUUUUCUGUUUCGUACUUCUAUGAGUUUUGUUUCCCUUGUUCAUUGAGAAGGAUGGGUGAUCAAAAGCGAGCAUUGCCCUCAUUCAUGUGUAAUAAUGAUUAAAUGAAUAAAAAUGAUUUAUUUUGUUUCA